CGCCGCCGGGCCCGCGAUGGAAUAAUGCCCAGCGGCCCGCCCGGUCCCGGUCAUUUUCGGAUGUGACGGCUGAGACAUGAGAUCUUCGGCCUCCAGGCUCUCCAGUUUUUCCUCGAGAGAUUCACUAUGGAAUCGGAUGCCGGACCAGAUCUCCGUCUCCGAGUUCAUCGCCGAGACCACCGAGGACUACAACUCGCCCACCACGUCCAGCUUCACCACGCGGCUGCACAACUGCAGGAACACCGUCACGCUGCUGGAGGAGGCUCUAGACCAAGAUAGAACAGCCUUACAGAAAGUGAAGAAAUCUGUCAAAGCAAUAUAUAAUUCUGGCCAAGACCAUGUACAAAAUGAAGAAAACUAUGCACAAGUUCUUGAUAAAUUUGGGAGUAAUUUUUUAAGUCGGGACAACCCCGAUCUUGGCACUGCUUUUGUCAAGUUUUCUACUCUUACAAAGGAACUGUCCACACUGCUGAAAAAUCUGCUGCAGGGUCUGAGCCACAAUGUGAUCUUCACCCUGGAUUCCUUGUUAAAAGGAGACCUCAAGGGAGUCAAAGGGGAUCUAAAGAAGCCAUUUGACAAAGCCUGGAAAGAUUAUGAGACAAAGUUUACAAAAAUUGAGAAGGAAAAAAGAGAGCAUGCAAAGCAGCAUGGGAUGAUCCGCACAGAGAUAACAGGAGCCGAGAUUGCAGAAGAAAUGGAGAAGGAAAGACGCCUCUUUCAGCUUCAGAUGUGUGAAUAUCUCAUUAAAGUUAAUGAAAUCAAGACCAAAAAGGGUGUGGACCUGCUGCAGAAUCUUAUAAAGUAUUAUCAUGCACAGUGCAAUUUCUUUCAAGAUGGCUUGAAAACGGCUGAUAAAUUGAAACAGUACAUUGAAAAGCUGGCUGCUGAUUUAUAUAAUAUCAAACAGACCCAAGAUGAAGAAAAGAAACAGCUAACUGCACUCCGAGACUUAAUAAAAUCUUCUCUUCAACUUGAUCAGAAAGAAGUAGGUGGUUUAUAUGUUCCCAGCAGGGCUAACAGUGACUCCCAGAGCCGACAAGGCGGGUACAGCAUGCAUCAGCUACAGGGCAAUAAAGAAUAUGGCAGUGAAAAGAAGGGAUACCUGCUAAAGAAAAGUGAUGGGAUCCGAAAGGUGUGGCAGAGAAGGAAGUGUGCCGUGAAGAAUGGGAUUCUGACCAUUUCACACGCCACGUCUAACAGGCAGCCAGCUAAGUUGAACCUUCUCACCUGCCAGGUGAAACCAAAUGCUGAGGACAAGAAGUCUUUUGACCUCAUAUCACAUAAUAGGACAUAUCACUUUCAGGCAGAAGAUGAGCAAGAUUAUGUAGCAUGGAUAUCAGUAUUGACAAACAGCAAAGAAGAGGCUCUAACCAUGGCCUUUCGUGGUGAGCAGAGCACAGGGGAGAACAGCUUGGAAGACUUGACAAAAGCCAUCAUUGAAGAUGUCCAGCGGCUCCCUGGGAAUGACGUGUGCUGUGACUGUGGCUCAUCAGAACCCACAUGGCUUUCAACCAACUUGGGUAUUUUAACAUGUAUAGAAUGUUCUGGAAUCCAUAGGGAAAUGGGUGUUCACAUUUCUCGAAUUCAGUCUUUGGAACUAGACAAAUUAGGAACUUCUGAACUCUUGCUGGCCAAGAAUGUAGGAAACAAUAGUUUUAAUGAUAUUAUGGAAGCAAAUUUACCCAGCCCUUCACCAAAACCCACUCCUUCGAGUGAUAUGACCAUACGGAAAGAGUAUAUCACUGCGAAGUAUGUAGACCAUAGGUUCUCAAGGAAGACCUGUUCCUCCCCAACAGCUAAGCUGAAUGAGUUGCUGGAGGCCAUUAAGUCCAGGGAUUUACUUGCACUAGUUCAAGUCUAUGCAGAAGGGGUAGAGCUAAUGGAGCCACUGCUCGAGCCUGGACAGGAGCUCGGGGAGACAGCCCUCCACCUCGCUGUCCGAACUGCCGACCACACAUCUCUCCAUCUGGUUGACUUCCUUGUACAAAACUGUGGGAACCUGGAUAAGCAGACAUCCUUGGGGAACACGGCUCUGCACUACUGCAGCCUGUACAACAAGCCUGAGUGUCUGAAGCUGCUUCUCAGGAGCAAGCCCACUGUGGACAUUGUUAACCAAGCUGGAGAAACUGCCUUGGACAUAGCAAAGAGAUUAAAAGCUACCCAGUGUGAAGAUCUGCUUUCCCAGGCUAAAUCUGGCAAGUUCAACCCACAUGUCCACGUAGAGUAUGAGUGGAAUCUUCGACAGGAAGAGAUGGAUGAAAGUGAUGAUGAUCUGGAUGACAAACCAAGCCCAAUCAAGAAGGAGCGCUCGCCCAGGCCCCAGAGCUUCUGCCACUCCUCCAGCAUCUCGCCCCAGGACAAGCUGUCACUGCCAGGGUUCGGCACACCUCGGGACAAGCAGCGGCUUUCCUAUGGAGCCUUCACCAACCAGAUCUUUGUGUCCACGAGCACAGACUCACCCACAUCACCUACUUCAGAGGCCCCCCCUCUGCCACCUAGGAACGCCGGGAAAGGUCCAACUGGCCCACCUUCAACACUCCCUCUAAGCACCCAGACCUCUAGUGGCAGCUCCACCCUCUCCAAGAAGAGACCUCCUCCCCCACCACCCGGACACAAGAGAACCCUGUCUGACCCUCCCAGCCCACUACCUCAUGGGCCCCCAAACAAAGGCGCAAUUCCUUGGGGUAAUGAUGUGGGUCCAGCGUCAUCUUCAAGUAAAGCUGCGAACAAGUUUGAGGGGCUGUCUCAGCAGUCAAGCACCAGUUCUGCAAAGACGGCCCUUGGCCCCAGAGUUCUUCCCAAACUACCUCAGAAAGUGGCACUAAGGAAAACAGAAACGAGCCAUCAUCUCUCCCUGGACAAAGCCAAUGUCCCACCUGAAAUUUUUCAGAAGUCAUCACAGUUGGCAGAGUUACCACAGAAGCCACCACCUGCAGACCUGCCCCCGAAGCCCACAGAACUGGCUCCCAAGCCCCAAAUUGGAGAUUUGCCACCUAAGCCCGGAGAACUGCCCCCCAAGCCACAGCUGGGCGACCUUCCACCGAAGCCCCAGCUCUCAGACUUACCUCCCAAACCACAGAUGAAGGACCUGCCCCCCAAACCACAGCUGGGAGACCUGCUGGCCAAGUCACAGCCAGGUGACGUCUCCCCCAAGACACAGCAGCCCUCAGAUGUCACUCAGAAAUCACACCCAGGGGAUCUGUCCCCACAUGUGCAGUCCCGGGACGCCAUCCAGAAACAAGCAUCUGAAGACUCCAACGACCUCACACCCACUUUGCCAGAAACGCCGGUACCACUGCCCAGAAAGAUCAACACGGGGAAAAACAAAGUGAGGCGUGUGAAGACCAUUUACGACUGCCAGGCAGACAACGAUGACGAGCUCACGUUCAUCGAGGGGGAAGUGAUUGUUGUCACAGGGGAAGAGGACCAGGAGUGGUGGAUCGGGCACAUCGAAGGACAGCCUGAGAGGAAGGGAGUCUUUCCGGUGUCCUUCGUUCACAUCCUGUCUGACUAGCAAAAAAGCAGAACCUGAAGAUGGUCCACGUCCUUCAUGCAGACCUCUGCUUCCAUGUAGUCCUGUGCACAACGUGUAUAUAGCUGCUGUUACAGAAUAGGAAGCUUGUGGGAGGGCCACUCAGGAGGGAACAGAGUGUGAGUUGUAAAUAUCCUGUGGUCCCUGCCUUCACCAGUAUUAGGGUAGCCUCGGGACCGGCAUGCCUUACUGGUUUGCCAAAGCCAUCCUUGGCAUCUAGCACUUACAUCUUUCUCUAUGCCACUCUACAAGCAAAGAAAGAAAGAAAGCAGGAAUGUGCGCUGGCUUUGUGAGUGCACAUGGUCUCCAGCAACUGUUAAGGGUCCUAACAAUGCAGUAUUCUCCAUGCUGUUACUGAAAAGACAGUGCUCGUAGAGGUGGGUUCUGGUGUCCAGCCUGUAGUCAUCGCUGUCCACCGUUUACAGCUACCAAACCCACGCUGGUAUUUAUUACAGAGAAGCCCUUCGUUAAGUGUAAGUGUUACUCCUUCAGCAAAAUACCCACUGACCCACGCUCCUCGUGCCACUUCGCACAAGUGGAUUUCCGUGGUCUCCCGGUGAUGAGUGCCCACCCUGGGAUAAUACCUCAUGAUGCAAAAACAUACCCUUCAUGACUAUUUGGACAGAAGUUUAGAACCACGUCUGAUGAAGUUCAACUUUCAGGAACCAAGGACUGUCAGAAAACAUUAGCCUCUACAUUAUGCAUGCAUCUAGAAGCUUUCCUGAGAUUCUGCCUUUUAUAAAGGAAUAAACAGUAUGGAUAAGAUGAACUGUACAUUUUUUAAACCUGAUUGCCAUUAAAGCAGAAAUUCUAAGGUUGCCACAA